AUGGUAGCCAUCGGAUGGCCAGGAAGCUCAGCGAAUCAUGCUCAGCCCCUUCCCACGCCGACAGAGCAGCAACGGACUCAGUUUGACCGACGUACUAGCAAUUUGGUCUAUCAUACGAGUGUGUUUGUCGCCGGGCUUGUUUUGCUGGAAAAGGCCGCCGAUGGCUUUGUUCGUCACGUAUCGCAGCUCUCUGCUCAGCUCGGCAUCGGUCCAGCCCUCAUCGCCGUGCUCACCGCCGGAGCAGAAUGGGAAGAGCUCGUGGUCGUUAUCGCAUCCAUCGGUCACGGCGCAUACAACCUCGCCAUAGCAAACAUUAUCGGCUCCGCCAUCUCCAACAUUCUUGGCGCAUUCUCGCUUGGAAUCCUCUUUGCGCCCGCCGCAGUCAAGUUUGACGAUAGCUCCAAAAAAUUUGCCAUUAUCCAGGCGGGCGUUACCAGUCUUGUGCUCCUGCUCAUCGCAGCUGUACAGAUUCAGCACGCAGACAAUGACGCCAAAUCGGCCAGCAGACGUCUCUUUGAGAAUGUCGUUGGCGUCAGCCUUAUCCUCAUCUUUGUUCUGUACCUUGUUGGUCUUUCUUGGGCCAUCAGUCGUGGCAUGCUAGUCGCUCCACGCACUUCCGACACUGAAUCAAGCUACAGCACUGGUUCGGACGAUGCUACAACCGAAGGCGAGACAUCCACCAUAAACAGCGAUGCCAACGAUAGUGCAGCUUCUUCCUACAUCGCUCCACAACCUACUCGUGUGGCUGCUGGACGCAGAGGCCAGAACCGCACCGCUACCUCGGCCGCCCUCGAGCGCACUCCCUUGUUACUGGGCACUGCCACCUCGUCCAAUUUGGCGUCUCGGUUGUUCCAACGGCGCCGACGCGCCAUCUUUCGCAGCUUGCAGAAACUUCUCGUAACCUUCCUCCUCCUCUCACUGGCCGGCUACCUCCUAUCGCAUUCCAUCCUCGAGAUCGCAUCGCUGGUCCACCUUUCAGAUACCGUUCUCGGCCUUACUGUCUUGUCGUUCGCCACCACCCUUCCUGAAAAGUUCCUCAGCAUCAUGGUCGGUCUCCGCGCGGCUCCGCCUCCGACGAGACCUCCGCUACCUGUUCGCAGUCCUAGUCUCGCCCGUCGUGCUUCCGUGCACGACCAAGCCGAAGACGACGUGGCCCGGAGCGCAAGCAGUAUUCUCAUGGCUGGGGCUGCUGGCAGCAACAUCUUCUUGCUCACUUUGUGUCUCGGCGUUUCGCUCAUCUUUGACCGCGGCCAUGUAUCUCGGUCGACACUGCAGAAUCCGCAUCGAUUUGCGGCCAGCACCGUUCAGUGGCAGGAGCUGGCCCUACUCGAGACAGCGUCGCUUGCUUUGGUCCUCGUUGCGUUUACCGACGGCCAGCGGUGGCAAGGCGUCGUCCUACUCGGUGGCUACAUAGCUUUUUUAGUCGCAGAAUUCACAAUUCUGAAACGCUGA